AUGUCGGACCCAAGCCUCGACACGCAGGGCAAUCCCAAAGACUCACACUUCCACGUAUUCCAGACGCAGCCCCUAAACGCAGAGCCCGAGUCAGCCUCUCUCACCUCGCACCUCAUCACUCCCACACACCUCCUCUUUCAUCGCAACCACGACGACCUCGUCUACCCGGGCCCGGCACAGUCGUCAUCGUCGCCCGACUGGCCCGUCUCUCUCUCCCUCUCCCCAUCGCUCCGCGGCGCCCAGCCACUCGCCACCUUCCAGGGACAAAAGCUCCUCCUCUCCCAGAUAAAGCGCUCUCUCCCCACACGCCACGUCGUGGCUACCCUCGAAUGUGCCGGAAACCGUCGCGGCGAAUUCAGGCACCAGGACAAGGCGCAGGGCAUCCAGUGGGGCAGCGGCGUAAUCGCAAACGUCGUCUGGUCAGGCACCUCCAUCCGAGACGCCCUCCUCCACGCAGGCCUACCGGACCCCUACGCACACCACCCCGCCAAGUCCCUCGACAAUCUCGUGCCAUCCGAACACCACACCAUUCAGGACGCCGCCGAGUGGGCCAGGGGCCUGCACCUGCACAUGCACAGCACGCAGCAAUCCACCGAGUCCGACGAUCCCAACCGCCACGAAGUCUUUGCCGCUUCCAUCCCGCUGCCCACCGCCAUGCACCCCAACCAGGACUGCAUCCUCGCCUACGCCCACAACGGCCAGCCCCUCCUGCCCUCGCAUGGCUUCCCCCUCCGCGCCGUCAUCCCAGGACAUGCAGGCGCACGCUGGGUAAAGUGGCUCUCUGGCCUCACCAUCAGCCAACACGAAAACCAGAGCCCGCCCAUGCGCCUCGACUACAAGAUCCUCACCCCGCCGAAACCAGGCGGCGGCGACAGCGAAGAUGAGCAAAAGAAGCGCGAGUGGCUGGAAAGGGUGCAGCACGACGAGCAGUUCCGCAAGCAGGAGCUCCAAAGGCAGAAACCGCUACAGAGGCUCGGCGCCAGCUCAGCCAUUACCCAGCCGGCCGACGACCAAGACGUCGAGGCUCGCAAUGGGAGCAUCUCUGUCAAGGGAUAUGCAGUCGGUCAGGACGGUUCGCCCACCGCAUCCGUCCACGUAGCUCUCCUCCGCGAUCUGGACCCGUCGCUGGCCUCGCACCUCUUCGUCGAGCAGCUCCCACCGGACAUCGAAUGGCAUCAGGCGCAACUCAGCUUCGAGCCAGCCGCGACAGCAGCGCAAGAAUCGCGCAGGCGUCUCGAAGCUUGCGGCCACGUCAGCCCAGCCUCGGCAGACGACGUGGGCGAGGGUGAGGCGCGGCGACGACAUCGCGAGUGGAGCUGGGCAUGGUGUCUCUGGUCCAUCUAUCUGCCGCUCCCCCAAGGUGCAGCGGAGCACAAGUGGGCCAUCGUCGCAAAGUCUGUGACGGCAGCCGGCGUCGAGCAGGAGCGCGUUAGCGCGUGGAACCUCCGAGGCUUCUGCGAGCGGGGCUGGCCAGUCGUACGUGGCCUGCGCAUCAAGACGGUCUAG